AUGGCGAAUUGUUGGGUAACGCAACGUGAAACUGUAUUCGUACUCUAGCCUUAGUAGAUCGCCGUCCUUGAGUAUAGUGUUCAUCGUGCAUUAAAUUUCCUAGUCCAUGCACAUUUCUGCCGUUUUCUUAAAUAAUACGAUUAGUAAUGAAUUUUUCUUUGUUUUCAAUAUAUCUUUUGUGUUUCAAAAGUGUUCGAUGAUUGGUACAAUUUUAUUGUAUACACCAAAGUGUCCCAUGAGUCAUUAGUGUUCUCUGUAUCGAUUAUCAACAUUGUGUAUUAUACUGUAAAUAAUGGAUCUUAGGCAUCUCAGUGUGUGUUAGGUGACAAGAUCAGGUAUCAGCAAUCAUCAGUGGACUUUUAUACAAUGACAUGGUGCAGUUGACUUCUUUUCUGCUUCUCCAUUUUAUUGUCCUUCGCUGAUGGACUGUGCUACUUGGUCGUCUUUAUUCUCGUCAACUUCUUUGCUUACAACGUACGUUAUAACUGAGGGUGAAGAAGGAAGAAAUUUCUGAAGUGUCUAAAGCAGAAGAUCCGUCGAGUAACACAGUCGAGAAUGAGCGUCAUAAUCAGGCUACAGAACUUGGCAUGGUCCGCCAACGCUCUGGACAUUCGCCAAUUUUUCAGAGGGCUGAGCAUACCGGAAGGAGGUGUCCACAUCGUCGGCGGCGAGCUGGGCGACGCGUUUAUAGCGUUCAGUACCGACGAGGAUGCCCGGCAGGCGAUGAUGCACGACGGCGGCAAGAUCAAGGAGAUGAAAAUCAAGCUGUUGUUGAGCUCGCGGACGGAGAUGCAAAAAGUCAUAGAAGCUGCUAGGCAGCAGACCCUGAGCCUGCAGUCGUUCAUGCAGACAGCGCCGGUUGCAGUGGCGCCAGUGGUUCCCAAGCCUGGGUCCCCGGGCGACAGAAGGGAGAAAGAGAAGGACAACGACAGCGAGUCGAGCAAGGAUCGCAAGGACAGACGCGACAGGUCAAGAUCGAGAGACAGAUCGAGGUCCCGUGACCGGGAUAGGGACCGUGAUCGCCGUGACAGAGACAGAGGCCGUGAUCGUAGGCGUCGAGACCGAAGCAGAUCCCGCGACAGGGAGCGGGACAGGAGGGACAGGCGCCGUCGUCGCGACAGAUCUAGAUCCCGGGAUCGCACGCGAUCCAGAGACAGGGACACGAAGCGCAGCUCGACGGGAGAGCGCCGGAAGGAGGCGAACGACGACGACAACAACGACGUCGUCUGCGUGGGCCAGUUUCACAAGGACAAGCCCGUUUCUGGCGCGAAGAAGUCGCUGGAGAAUGGCAUCUGGGAGGUUCCUCCGCAGACGCAGAUGCAAGCUGCCGCCCUGUUAGCCCCUGGAAUCUUGGGUGCCGGAGUCGCAGCGAUCGCACAGGAUGGCGAAUCCCGAGCCAUGAGCUUCAGCAGCUCGGUGAUCGGGCAGCAAUCGAUGCUCCAACCGAACCAGUUCCCCAUAAAUGGAAUAAACGGCGUGAGCGGCUUGAUGCAGUCGCAUGUACAGACUCUCAGCCACACUGUCAGCAUGAACUCGCUCGCUCAGAAUAUCGGCAGCCCCAAUCUGCCUAGCUUGACCACCGGCGUGGCUGCGCUGAACCGAACCAAGGAGUCGUGGAGCCAGGGCGAGCAGGGGAGACUGGACCAGGCCAGGUUCCCCGCUAGAACUCCGCAAUUCGGCACGGAACUUUACAGCCCGAACGGGUCCGUGAACUACAGACCCGGGAUCAGACCGAAUAAUCCUUUCCUCAGCAAGGUUCAGGAGCUGGAAGGCCGCCGAAAUCCGCACGCGUUCCAGGCGAACAACGCUCAGUACGGUUUCGACAACGAGAGGCAAAGCAGCCGGAGCACGACCAACAGCUCUUCGAGAUUCUCCGGCGAGAAUAAGAACAGCGCCGGCGGCGGUGGCGGCCAUUGCGUGGAGGUUCGCAAUAUGCCGUUGAGCGCCACGUACAACGACGUUCGCCACGCUUUCCAGGGUAUCUACAUCAGGAAAGACGGUUUGAAGCUGAUCAACGACAACCACGGGAACCGCGUCGGUAUCGCCUACGUCAAAUUCAGCAAGGCGGAGGGCAAGGAGUUGGCCUUGAGCACGACCAGAUAUGUUCGCAGCUCCGAGGUCGAAGUUCUUCAUCUAGACGAGAGUCUAUUCGACAAGGCGGUUGACUCUUACUCGCCGGAGAAGGAGAGGGACGACAGCGCCGAUGACGUCAGAUCAUCCGCGUGCAUAGUCUUGACCGACCUGCCUUCUUUCACCAAGGAGAUGGACAUCGCGAAGCUGUUCCACGACUGGAAGAUCAACGACUUAUUCAUCACGAACACCAAGGACUCCGGUAACGUGCAGGCGUACGUGCAGUUCGCAAGAAUAGAGGACGCGAAAGCUUCGGUGAACGCGUCUCUGAAGAUCGGUAGCAAACCAGUCACCGCGACAGCUAUUACGGAGGAGAAGUUCGCCCAGGCGAAACGCGAUCACGAGCAAAACAGCAUGAGCCAGACCACGGGCUCUGACUGCGUGAUCAUGCGCGGACUGCCCUUCCAAACUAUCGAUCGCGACAUCCUCGACUUCUUCUCUGAUAUCGGUAUCGUGCCUCACCGGAUACACAUGUUGCUCAACCAAAGUGGCAAACCCGCGGGCGAGUGUUUCUGCGAGUUUGACACCACCGACGAAGCCCUUAGGGCCACCGCGAAGAACGGGCUGCCCUUCGGCAAGAACGUGCCAACCAUAGAAUUGGUGCCUCGAGCGAAAAUGCUGGAGACACUUGGCAUGGUCGACCCGCAGAUCAUGGAGACCCAGCAGCAGCAUUUUCCUCCACUUCAGGAACAGCGGCCGCGCUUUUCCGGUCCUAUAAAUCACUUGCCCCGUUUCGGCAACACCGGCUUCGGACCUAGAUGUCCUCCAGGACUCAUGGGCAUACCGAGACACCUGCUUGGCAGACACCCCGGUUCCAUGGACUACGUCGAGGGCUUCGGCAAGCCCGGCUGCGUCCUGUCUUUGGAGAACGUCCCGUUCAAGGCCGACAUUAACGAGAUCAUCGAGUUCUUCGGUGACUUCGACGUCAAGAGAGAAAACGUGAUUAGACGUUACAAUGAAAGAGGCAUGCCCACAGGAGACGCCAGGGUAGCGUUCGCGUCACCCAGCGAGGCCCAAAGAGCCCUCAGAGAGCUGAAACACUGCAAGAUGAGGGAUCGCACCAUAUACAUGAAGCUCGCGUGAACUGGAGAGACGAUCGAGCCGAUUCUAUGACUUUUGCGCGAUCGUGUGACCAGUCGUGAUCCCGAAUCAGUGUUGUUGACGAUGCGACACGACUAGAAACAUUUUGGACUGACUAUAUACACUGAUUAUUUUCUACGGAAACAACUUAGAGACGAUAGUGAUUCGCUCGGUUGGUGGGGAUGGACGCUCGAAGAGUGAUUCUUUGUUGAAACGAUGAAAUGUCCUCUCGCUUGUCCAGACAUCUGUCCCCGUGAUCUUUGUUCCUUUCUUCACCUUUCCCAUAUUUUCCUUUUGUACAUACGGAUGCUUCCUCUUUGGACGACUGUUUUGACUCGCUGAACACCCUUCUGUUGUCACGGUUGUUGGGACUGAAUUCGAUUGCUCAACUUUAUGCAAUGUUCACGUUGAGUUUGCCUAUGUAUACGACGACAGAAGCAGAGAUUGUCCUCUAUCGAAGGUUAUUAACCAAAGGUAUGAUUCGUUUUAUACGCGGAGUUCGUUUUCACUUUGAACUCCAAGGUUAGGCCCCGGACCUACCUUUUCGUUCGAUUACAGUUUCGCGUGUAGUUCAACGAACGUUCAACUAGUUUUCUAUCGUGUUGAAAAUCGGGGUAUGGUUUUUAUCCCAUCCACCAUGUACCACGCUCGGAUAUCUGUUCGCGACGCAAUUCCGUAUCGGCACGCGACGUUCGUUCACCUAACUCUCCGUAUACUCUUAACGAGAUCGCAAUAAAAGAAGUACAAUAAAACGCUUGUUCAGUAUCAUUUCGUGGCGGUUUCUCAUUCUCCCUCGAUUCGAUCGCAGAUGGAACUUUCGGUUUUCCGUGCUCGUUACAGAGAUUUUCGCGGGAACAUCUCGGGCCGACAAUAUGGCCGCGCAAUCAUAUCAUGUGAGUGUUCAGCGUCAUCGUAAGAGCAAUUUAACGAACACCAAGCGAAACAAUUACGGGUGUACAUAAGAAGAUGGAGCGUCGCACAACGAGCACCGGCAAACAAUUUUAUCUGCACUCGAGAUCGAAAUCGUUUUUUAAAUGGAGGAUCGCUGGUAGACUAUUAAAUAUGGCGGCAGCAAUUACGAACGCCAUAUGUUUUCUGCCAGAAAUUAUGUAUGUACAUUACAUAUACCGCAUCACAUCGAUUUGUAUAUAGGAAAAAUAUACACACAUAUAUAUAUAUACACACACACACAUACACAUACAUAAAGACAAGUAAAUAUAGGUGAUUACCGAAUACUAUAACACUUCGCGUUAAGUGUAAAAUAAUAUUUAUACGGUGAGUGUAUGAAUGGAACGUAGGUGUACUUACUUGUUCAUUUUAACGUAUGUUUCUGUUUAGUAUAAGCACUUGAAGACUACAAUAAAUUUAUAUUUACAUCGAC